GUACUUACGAACUCUGGCAAUGGAUAUCCGAUCCUUGUAUCGUCCACUCCAAAGGAGACCUUAGCUUCAUACUCCUUGCGUGAUCCACCUGAGGUUUUGAGUUUCCUUAUACGUUUGGCAAGGUGGGGUGAGGCUUUGGAGUUGCCCUAA